CUUCGUCAAUUUCCCUUGCUCUGUCGCUAUUUUUCGGGAUCUUCACGAUCUGGUUCUCAACCAUGCUUCCAAGGGUGAUGGGUAUGGUUGGUGGACCAUUGUCAACAAGAAGUCCCGAAAGAGGGGGGAUCCGAACUACAUCACGGCGUACCCCUACCUUAGCUCUGACCACAAUUGGAAGACGGAGUGGUUGCUCGUUCGUGUGCCGACGGAUCCGAAGCAUCCCAACUUUUAUCGUCCUCCGAAGUGGUUCGUGGCUCCUGAUCCUGAUAUGAGGGGUGUGGCGGCUCCAGAUCGGAACCAUCGCCACUAUGUGGACCUCCUCCAGUGGUUCUUGGCUCAAGAGGAUAACCACCGACUGCCGUCUAGCUGGCUCCCGAAUCUCAAUUACAUUCUGAGGGAGGACAUUCUUGCUGUUGCCGGUCUCAGCAGGAUUUUUGACAGGGAGUACGGCUUUAGCUGCAUUGAUCCUAAGAAGUUGGGCAUUUCUUUGGAUUUGAAGACUAUUCACGACCCGGCUCCCGAGUACAAGUUCGGAAAAGAUAACCCUCGUAAUCCUCGUCUGAAGGAUUACGUGUUGUCUCCUUUGGGGGUUGCUCGGAUAUCCGAAGUUCGAGCUGAUCCGUGGGAUUCCGCCUCUUCUGUUGAAGCUGUUCCUGUGAAGGUUGUGCUUCCUGAGUUGAAGACGACUUCGGAUCCGGGUCCUGGGACUGACGCUGUGCCGCGUGCCGUUCCUUCGGUUUCAUCUCCGGCUCGGAUAGAUAUCUCUUUAUCUAGGAACCGGGAUCAACGCAAAAGGAAGGGUAGCACUCUUUUGAGGCCUUCCACGCAUCCGAAGAAAGCGAAGGCUUCUCAGCCCUCGGAGAAGGAAGCAGUUUCGGAAGUCAUGCCUCCUCCUAAGAAUCUUCUUCACUUCAUGCCCUUGCCAGGGCAGAAGUUAAAGAGUGUGGUGGUUGCUGAACCGCCGGCCGUGGAUCAGCCGCUGAUCGAGGAAGAUAUCAUCCCUUCUCCCCUUAAACCAUCUGCUGCUUUGGGGAUCGAAAUCCAGGAUAUCACCGAGGUGAUGGAGGCGAUUGAAGCCGAUUUUGUUCCUGGUUCGGAUGUCCCUGAGGUAGCUGGGGAGAAGAAGGAGUCUGCUGAUCUUCCCUUCGAGAGGGAGAAGAGUCCAGACAAGGAGAUGAUAGAUCUCUCGGGCCCCGAAGCUGCGGUCCCCGAGGUUCAGAAGGAGGUUCCCUCUGCUGGAGAGGAGGAGCAGCCCGAGCAAGGUUUGACGAGGAAGAGGCGCCACUCGACUUUGGGUUCUACUUCUACCUCGGCCCUGGAUAGGCUGAUCCAUGCUGAUCCCUGUUCGGAUGUUCCGCUAAAACGGAUCCCCGAAGAAGUAAGGGAGGCGAUGGCUCGAUAUGCCAGGGCUCCGAUUUUGGGAGAGGACCCUUUGGCUCACGUGGGAUCCUUGGUGGGCCCCGAGGCUGCUCGGGAGAAUCUGCUUCGUGCUAACCCGCAGUGGAGGGUUCCUGGGGCCGAAGAGAGGAAUCCGGCAAUGAUGGCCCAGUACUAUCUGAACGAGGCUGUUUUCUGGUCUUCGUUCGCUUCCGAGUGUAGCUCGGUUGAGGAGAAACAACUGAGGAAAUAUCGUGAGGCUUAUGCUCGUGAUAUUCCCAUUUUGGACCAGAAGGCUGGGCAACUCCUCUCCGAGCUUACGGAACUCAAGCAGCUGUACCUUCACUAUAGUCGCGAGGCUAGAGAGUCUGCUGAGAAGAUCGGGACCGAGGUUGGCCAGCUCAUCUUCCGAGUUGAAGAGGAUGCUGAGAAGAUCGCUUCCUUUGCUGAGGAAAAGAAGGAUAUGGCCGCUAAGUUCGCUAGCGAACUUGAGGAAAAAGAUAGACUCUUCCAGGAGAUGAAGUCUAAAUUUGAAGCGGCCGACAAGGAGCGUACAGAGGCGGAGUUAAGGCUCCACCAUUUUGUCCAGCAUCGGGAGCUGAUCCAGCAGCAAGCUGAUAAGGUGCCUGUCCUUCGGCUGAAGCUUCGGGAAAAGGAUGACUAUAUUCGGAAGCUAGAGCAGGAGCGAGUCAACCUCUACACUGCUGAUCAGUGUCUUUAA